AUGCGUGACAGUGACAAGAAGCGGCUUCACUCAGGGCGGAAUUCAUCAGCAGCAUGGCCGCCACCUCAGGCGCCGUCCUACACUGCACCAUACCGUGAGCCACCCACUACCACCGCUGUGUUAACUUCACCUACUCCUAUACAAAGUUACGACUUUCCUCAACGCACCAUGGCUGCUGAAUCACCAGCACAACCCACUACCCAGUAUGUGUCACGACCGCAGUACUCAACUCAGGUGCCGCUCGUCACGCCGACUCGAGUCGAGGAGUUUGGACCAAGUGGUCACUAUCGGCCACUUCAACCUGAUGUCAUCUACACUCAGGGACCAUCCGGUUACGUACAAACUACACCAGUCGAAUACACUGUAACGAGUCUUCCUUCAUAUCAUCAAUCGUCCGUCUGA